UUGUGGGUCGGGCAAGUAGAGAAAGAAAAAUAAUUGAAAAAGAAAAUAAAAAAGAAGAACUGACUGAGAAAAAUCGAAAACGGAAUCUAAAAAUUUUAAGGGAUCGAAAGUCUCUUUGGUAUCGCAAUCUCUCGAGUGAUUUCUACGGAGAAAGCGUCAAAAAUCGGAACUUUCGAGCUCUGAUUUCGGAACCCUUGAUCGGAAACAAUUUCGGAAAGGGCUUUGAGUAUGGGAACGAGAGGUAAUCGUGUGGGAGAGAGAUGGAAUGAGAUGGGUUGUGAAGAAAAAUCGAGCGUGAUUCAGGAAGAGAUCAAAAGGGUUUGUAAACUCCCUUCAAACAGUGUUUAUGCAGUUCAUCGUCUCAAGGUUCUCAGCAAAAUCAACGAGCUUUUAUCUGCUCAAAACAUUGUCGCAAGAGAAGGAGUUAGAGUUGCUCUUCACACAGCUCUCUCUGUGAAGUUAAUUGGUUCAUCAAUGGCGUUUUACGAAUGGCAAUCUAAAACAACAAAUUAUUUCCUUAAGAAACUGGACGUGUGUCUG